AUGACUAGAAAGAACGGUCAAAAGUCUGGCUUUAAUCGUGAUAAUGAUGGUGAUAGAAGUGGAGGUGGAAACGGUCACAACACGAGAGGAACUGGUGGAGUACGCGGUGGCGGUAGAGGCGGUAGAGGUAACAGAGGCUAUCACCAUGAUGGACGUGAAUACGAUGACCGUAGACGAGGUGAGACUAGCGGAGGUAGCAAUGAUAAUACUUCAAGAACACCAACACUUAGAAUUAUGGAAAUAAAGGAAGCACAACAAGAUAAGACUCUAACUAAUUUUCGCUCUUCCGAAUUAACUUAUAAUGGUAGUGAUCGAUUAGUCUUUAUCACCAAUGGAAGAUCUAUUAAAAAUGUAUGGAAAAAAUUUUUAAAGAAAGUAAUCCCCUUCGAUCAGGACGAGGUUAGACUUUUCGUUAGUUCGGCAUUAGUAGCAACAGAUGGUUAUGAUGCGGAAGAAUUCGUAACAGAAUUAGCCAGUUCUAAGUGUGGUCUUAAACGAUUAAGAGACAUCAUAAAUUAUCCUUCAAUGUCAUGUGACGCAGGACUCGACCAAAACGUAUUAUCUUUUCAAUACGUUAUAUUACCUUUAUUUGGGUUAUUGACCAGAACAGCUAUUACCGAAAGUAUUUUGGAAAAAUAUGUUCAUGCAAUUUAUAUGAUUGUCUAUAACAAUCUUAAUGUCAUGAAUAUGCUAGAAACAUUGGUGCUACGUAAUUCUGUUGUUGACAAUCAAGUUAAUGUGGAACAAUUAUUAGAACAUGAAGAAUAUUCGUAUAUUCCAUCUUCUUUAGGAAUAUUUUUCUUGAUAAUCGUGCGACUUCUCGCAGAAGUAUUAAAUCGUGUUAGAGAGGCAUCCAUUAAUAAGACAAUGCAUCAAAUCGUUUAUGAUUUGCAACGAUUAAAGACCACAUAUCAACAAUCUAUUCAACGAGAACCAUCAUCUACAAUUUCGACAGACCCAUUGAUUAAUAAUUUAGAGACGAGGAAUUAUUUUUUCAUUGUACUAGAUAAAGAAAUGAAAAACCUGAGUAAACUUCUAAAUAAUGGACGUAAUAGUUUAAUGGGUGAACAAGGUCCAAAUAAAGAUGAAUUACACUUAAUGCAUUGUAAUGAACUAGCUAGGCAAGCUGCGGCGGAAAGAUCUUAUGAUCCCCCUGGUGAAUUAUCAAACGAUGGCAAAAGGCAUGAUAACGACUUUGAAGAAAUUUCAAAAAUAUCAAUUAUUCCUACAAAGGAAGAAAUUUUAUGUAAGCGCACACCUUUUUUGCCAUAUUCUCUUCCUGAUGCACCACAUUUUUUACCUGAUGGAGCGGCUAAAUUACUUGACACACAAUUUCGCUUGUUAAGGGAAGAUAUGUUAAAUCCUAUUCGUAAUGGUAUAUCUAGUUUCAUAAAUGCAUUAUCGCAAGAUUGGAACUCUUCUAAAGAAUUGUGUAAAAUUUUAAAGGAAGGAGGUAGAUUUAGAUAUAACAAUGGUACGAAUGACAAAGGGGAUUUGCAAAUAUAUUCUCAGGUAAAGUUUGCAAAUAUUACUUUUGAUAGGAGAAAAGGAUUCUCUUGUACUUUAAGAUUCACCCCUCCAAAAAUUCGUAAUGCUAAAAAUGAAAAAGAUCGAAAAUUAUUUUGGGAGAAAAGUAAAAGAUUGUUAACUGGUAGUUUAAUUACCUUAUUAUUACCGAAUUCAGAAUCAAAUGAAAUCAGUACCUCUGACACUGGUUCGGAUUCAUAUUCAAUUUAUUUUGGAGUGGUGUUAUUAAGGGAUGAGAAGAUUUUAGCCAAACAUGCUAAAUUUGCCGAUAUUGAUAUCCAUUUUAUUGAUCCAUCCAUUUACCCUAUCGCGUUAAAUGAAAUUUCAAAUAUCAAUAAUGGAUUAAAUAAAACUUUAAGACAAAGAUUCAUGGUUGAAACAACAGGAGUUUAUUUUGAGGCUUACAAUUAUAUUCUUAAAACACUUCAAUCUACAAAUCCUUCCUCUCUCCCUUUUGAAAAAUAUCUUGCGCCUAAUUCUGAUAACUUAGCCGAUAGGAAAGGAAAGAAUAAGGAAGGGUCAAAUGACGUUAAAGUUGAACCACCAUUAUACUCUAGAGCACCUGGAUUUGAAUUUGAUUUGUCGGUUUUAUGCGCGAAUUAUGACCAAACUCCAAAUAUGAAAUUAAAUGUUGCCGAUUCAAGUAGUCAUGAUGAAGUAGCAAAAAAUCUUUCUCGACAUAGCAAAUUAGAUGAAACUCAAGCGGAUGCAUUGGUAUCCGCUUUAACACGCGAGAUUGCUUUAAUCGAAGGUCCACCCGGCACCGGAAAAACGGUUGUUGGCGUUGAAAUAAUGAAAGUAUUAUUAGCUGAAGAAAAUCGAAAAGCAAGAAUUGGUCCUAUUCUCACCAUAUGCUUUACCAAUCAUGCUCUUGAUCAAUUCUUGGAGCAUUUGCUUGAUGAAAACAUAACAAAUAUUGUUAGAUUAGGUUCACGUACAAAAUCUGAAAAAAUUAAAGGGUUUAGCCUGGAAGAAGUUUGUAAAAAUCAUAUUCGAAAUGGAAAGCAAUCAUAUUUCAUAUCAAAAUUACAUCGAUCAUUAGAAGAAAUUGAACAAAAAGCAACCGAAGUAAGAAAUAUUUUACACAAAAGAUGGUUGAAAUGGGCUGAUGUACAAGAAUACCUGAUGACUGAAUAUAAACCGUUUUAUAAUAAACUUCGUCGCGUUCGUGAUGAUGAUUUACCUAAUUGGGUUUUGGAAACUAAUGAUGAUUUUAGGCUUGUUCAAAAUAGACGGAAGAGAAAUUUGACUGUAUUCGAGAAAUGGAGAAACGGAGAGGAUAUUGAAGCAAUAAACAAGAGAAAAGCAAUUUUGUCGAAAUCUCAAAAGAAAAAGAAGAAGCGUAAUAAUUAUAAUCGAUAUGAUGCGUUAAGGGAAAAUGAAGAAAGUGGGAGGAACAUUAGUGUUGAUGAUGGACAAACCGACUAUGAAACUAUACAAUGGAUCAAUAAUUACAAAGAACCGAAUACCAAUCGUCCUUUAAGUGUAUUAUUAAAUGAUUAUUCAAUUUGGAAUAUGUCAAGGACAGAAAGAAAAAGGCUUCAUGAUCAUUGGCGUACACAGAUUCAUCAUGAAUUUAUAGUAAACCUAUCAAAUUUACAAAGGAGACAUGAUGAAAAACGUAAAGAAAUGUGCGAUAUUUAUGAUGAAGGAAGUCGGCGAGCAUUAUUGAGUAGUGAUGUUAUUGGUAUGACCACAAAUGGGGCAGCCAAAUUUCAAAAUCUAAUUAGAUCUAUAGGACCUAGAAUUAUCAUUUGUGAAGAAGCUGGGGAGGUGCUUGAAGCGCAUAUUCUUAGCGCGUUGACUCCAUCGACUCAACAUAUAAUAUUGAUCGGCGAUCCUAAUCAACUUCGACCGAAACUCGCCACUUAUUCUCUUAGUAUGGAUUCAUUAUUAGGAAAAAAUUAUCAACUAGAUAAAUCAUUAUUUGAGAGAUUAGUUCGAGGCGAUAAAGCGGUUAAGUUAGAGAAAGCUCAACUAUUAACUCAGAGACGUAUGAGGAAGGAAGAAAUUUCCGAUUUAAUUAGAUAUACCCUUUAUCGAAAUGGCGAGAAUACCGCCGUUUAUCGAAAUUUAAUAGAUGGAGAGAAUACUUCCGAAUAUCCAAAUAUACGCGGAGCCCAACAUAAUGUGUAUUUUAUUGAUCAUAGACGUCCAGAAGAUGAUUCUGAUGGUGAAUUUGCAAUGCAAUCACACGCGAAUACAUAUGAAGUUCAAAUGGUGGUGGAAAUGGUCAAAUAUUUCGUUAGGAACGGAUAUACUAAAUCUGAUGAUAUAGCUGUGCUUACUCCUUAUUUGGGGCAAAUGAUUAAAAUCCGAGACGCUUUAGCUGAAUCAUUUGUUGUGAUCAUCGAUGAAAGAGAUGAGCAAAAUCUUGCUGAAAUGGAUGAACAACAAGUUACUUUAAGAACUGUUGAUAAUUUCCAAGGCGAAGAAGCAAACAUAGUCAUCGUUUCUUUAGUUCGUAAUUUCUCCGAGUCUGGUGAUGAUUCUAUUGGAUUCUUGAAAAGUCCGAAUAGAAGUAAUGUAUUGUUGUCACGUGCUCGACAAGGAAUGUAUCUCAUUGGUAACUCUGAAUUAAUGUCAUCUAAAUCUGAUAUGUGGGCUCGUGUAAUUAAAAUCUUACGUAAUCGAAACCAAGUUGGGUUUGGUAUGCCGAUCGUAUGUAAUCAGCAUUCUUACUAUGAGCAAAUUGUUGAACCCGAAGACUUCGCUAAAUAUAGCCCAGAUGGAGGAUGCUCCAAGCCAUGCGGUUCAAUGCUUUCUUGCGGACACGCGUGUGCUUAUAAGUGUCAUUCAGAUGAUCCCGAACAUAUUGGAAUUAAAUGUCAAAAACCUUGUUCAAAGAUACUGGGAUGUAAUCAUCCAUGUCAAAAUCUUUGUUUUGAAGAUUGCGGAAAAUGUAAAUUUUCUAUAGGUGACAUGAUAUUACAUUGUGGGCACGAGUUAAAAAACGCCAAAUGUUGGGAAAGUCAUAGUCUAUUUAAAGACAAAAUCAAAUGUUUGGUUCAAAUCGAAAAACAACUAGUUUGUUGCGAACACUCGGAAGUCGUUCACUGUUUUGAAUCUGUUGAUAAUGUUAAGUGUAGUAAGAAAUGUGGAAAAUUUUUGGAAUGUGGCCAUGCAUGUGUAAAUAAAUGUUUUGAGUGUCAAAAACUUUCGGCGCCACAAGAUAAACCUGAAGACGAAGAGCAAACAGAAGGAAUCAUCCCUAUUGAAAGGACAAAGCACGGAAAAUGUAGGCAGUUAUGUAAAAGGGUAUUAUUUUGUGGGCAUACAUGUGGACAACCUUGCCACGAUGGAACCUUGUGUUCUCCGUGUAAUAAUAAAUGUACUGUUUUAUGUGAACACACAUCAUGUAAUGUAAAAUGUCUAGAACCUUGUUCUGUUUGCGCAGAAAAAUGUUCAUGGGAAUGUGAACAUCAAGGAAAUUGUGAGCUGAGCUGCGGAGCUCCUUGUUACAGAUUACCUUGUAAUGAAAAAUGUAAUAAAAAAUUGAAAUGUGGACAUAAAUGUGUCGGAGUUUGCGGAGAUAUUUGUCCUUCAAAAGAUUAUUGCGCUAUCUGUGCUCCUGAAAAUAUUAAAAGUCAAGUUCCAGAUUUAAUUGAAAAUACUACGUUUGGUGAGAUAGAUUGGGAUAAGGAAAGGAUGAUCAUCCUUUCUUGUGGACAUGUAUACACCAUGACAACUAUGGAUAAUUAUAUGGAGAUGGAAAAUUAUUAUGAGGUUUCAAAGGAGAUAUGGAUAUCUGUUAAAAAUCUUCCAACUUCACCAAUUAAUAUCAAAACAUGUCCAGAGUGUCGAGCACCAAUCAAAAAUAUUAGGAGAUAUGGAAGGAUAAUCAAAAAAUGCACCCUAGACAUACAAAACAAAAAAUUCCUAAUAAAAUAUGAUAGACAACUGAAAGAAAUUACCCAACAAAUUAUUUCAAUUGAAGAAAGAAUGAUAUAUAAGCGAGAUCAAUUAAAAUUUGAUUUGAUUAGUUUGCCUAACGUUGAUUCGAGACCAAGAGGCGUCGUAUUGAAAGAAUAUCGUGUUAUUAGUGAUGAAUUACCCAACAUCACACCGUUUCAAUAUUUUGAAAACGUUAAAAAAUAUCAUGGAUUUGAAGAGAAUAGUGAAAAAGUUUGGAUAAUUCAUGUUGGAAAAUUAUUAAAAUAUUAUAAGAAAUUAACUUUUAUUCUUUGUGCCACACAAAGACCACCUCAUAAAAAAGCUUAUGAAGCUGCCGUCUCAAGUUUAUACCGAACCAAAUUGGCAAAGAAGAUUGCCAAAAAGGAUUUAACAGUUGGAUUAUCAAACCUUAAGGUUCAAGAUCCUCAAAAUACUGAAACUUUAAUAUUACAAGAAACGUUCUCUCAAAUAGGAAUUUCAAUACCACAAGUAGAUAAUCGAAUAUAUUUGGACACGCUUUUUGAGAUGAUCAACAUACAAAAAAUUCAAUUCCAUGAAGUUUUAUUUAUAAUUCAAGAAAUCUCCAAAAAGCAAAUUAAUUUAACACUCGAAAAUUCCGUAAAUAUUAAAGAUGUUUGGAAAAAAUUUGCCGAAAGAUUACAAACUUCUAUUCAAGAUCAACUAAUUACAUUUAAAGGUAUAGCAGAAUCUACUCAUUAUGGUAGACAUCUACUUUUAGUCAAUGUAGAAAUAUUGGAAUUUGAUCUCAAAAUGAUUAUGUAUCAAUUGAGAUAUCCACCUAAUGAAAGUGGCGUUGUUGAUAAAGCACUUCGAACGAAAAUUAUAGAAAAUUGUGAAAGGAUUAAGGAAAGUAUCGCAGAUAUACUUAAAAGUGAAGGAUAUAAUAAUGCUGAAGAGACACUCAAGAGCGGCAUUCAUGUGAGGUUAGAAAAUUUAUCGAACAAAUGUGAUGAAGUUGUAAUUUGUGCCGAGAAUCUGAGCAAAACUUUAAGUAUUGAAGAAAAAUUAGAUGUCCAUCGCGCAAUGAAUACAGAAUUUCAAAGUUCAGGACAUUGGUAUGAGUGUCCAAAUGGUCAUCCGGUAAAAUGUGGUAGAGCUAUGGAAACGAGUAGAUGUCCGGAUUGUAAUGCGGAAAUUGGAGGUGCAAGUCAUCAAUUAACUGAUGGAAAUAGAGUAAAUGUAGAAUUUAAUUAUAUGUAA